GGGCCCGGGCAGGGGCCGCAGCGGCUGGUGACAGCGGCAGGGACGGGUCGGGGGGGGGGGGGAGCCGGCGAGUGUCGGGGGCGCCGCGAAGGGAAGAGCCGCCACCCGGUGAGCGCAGGGCCCGGCUGCCCCCGCCAUGUCGGACUUCGACAGCAACCCCUUCGCCGACCCGGACCUCAACAACCCCUUCAAGCCUCCUCCAGGAAAUGUGAAAACGCCUAAUGUACCCAGUACUCAGCCAGCAAUAAUGAAACCAACAGAAGAACCACCUGCUUACACACAGAUUGCAAAGGAGCAUGCCUUGGCCCAGGCAGAACUGCUAAAGCGUCAAGAAGAACUGGAAAGAAAAGCAGCUGAACUAGAUCGGAGAGAAAGGGAAAUGCAGAGUCUCAAUCAGCAGGGGGGUAGAAAAAAUAACUGGCCACCUCUUCCUGAGAAUUUUCCAGUAGGUCCUUGUUUCUACCAGGACUUUUCUGUAGACAUUCCUGUAGAAUUCCAGAAGACAGUAAAGAUUAUGUACUAUUUGUGGAUGUUCCAUACAGUGACACUGUUUCUUAAUAUCUUUGGAUGUUUGGCCUGGUUUUACGUUGAUGCUACACGAGGGGUUGAUUUUGGAUUGAGUAUUCUCUGGUUCUUGCUUUUUACCCCUUGUUCUUUUGUCUGCUGGUACAGACCACUUUAUGGAGCUUUCAGGAGUGACAGUUCAUUCAGGUUCUUUGUGUUCUUCUUUGUAUAUAUCUGUCAGUUUGCUGUACAUGUACUUCAAGCUGCAGGAUUUCAAAGAUGGGGAAACUGUGGGUGGAUUUCAUCUCUUACUGGUCUUAAUAAGAGUAUUCCUGUUGGCAUUAUGAUGAUAAUCAUAGCUGCACUUUUCACAGCAUCUGCUGUUAUCUCAUUAGUUAUGUUUAAAAAGGUGCAUGGUCUCUACCGCACGACUGGUGCUAGUUUUGAGAAGGCGCAGCAGGAGUUUGCAACAGGAGUGAUGUCCAACAAAACUGUACAAACUGCUGCAGCCAAUGCCGCAUCAACAGCAGCAACCAGUGCAGCUCAGAAUGCAUUCAAGGGUAACCGAAUGUAGGGAAACAUAAAAAUUCAUCACGGUUCUUGUCAAUUGUACUUUAUUUUCCAUUCACUUAUUAUAUUCCCUAAAAGCCUAGAUCAAAAUUCACACAGCAUGUUUGUCUCUUCUGCAGCUGUGCAUGGGUAAAAUGGGAAAUGUUUGGUUUAUUUUAUUGUAAAUUUAUUUAUUUUAAGAAGAUAACCAUUCUUUGCCCUUUUUUAAGAUGUUACAUUCUCGAAUAUAAAGCCUUCUGUAUUUUAUGGGGGAUAAAUAAUUUCAACAAUUGGCCUGAGAAUGAAUUGUGGUAUAUAAUGAUCAAAUAAAUGUAUUAAGAAUUCAGAAGGUUUUUUUAGUGGGUUCACUCUGGUAUUUUUUUAAACUUCAAGAAAGUACUUUGGAUCAAUUAUUUUUCUUUGUAAGAACUGUUUUCCCUAUUUCUACUAUAAGAAGUGGGGUAGGCUGAGAGAUGUAGAAAGUUAAGUUUGGCUACUGCUUUUGCAAUUUCAGCAGCAGCUGGAGGACAAAUGCAAGUAGGGUAGAUACUAUAAAUUCUUUUCUUGGGUUUUUUUUAGGAUAAGUCUUUUGAUAUAAACCUGUAAGUUUGCAUGAAUACUGUUGAGUUAUCUGAUCUUGUUUAAAUAGUGUUUUUGCCACUUUAUAAUAAUAGCAUUUGUUUGUAUCUAUUUUCAUGGAGUAUUCUCUACCUGUGAGAAAUUACUAUGGUGCAUAAACAUUCUCUGUUAUAGAAUGUGUAAUGCAGUGUACAAUUUAAGGAAGUUUCAAUGGUUUCAAUCACAGAGCUAAAUGAUUAUAUAUUUGCUAUUUUUAAUUUCAAUAUUCAUGUCUUGGGGUAAUAAUUUUGCUGGAAAAGAAACCAAUAUUGACUUCUAGAACACUAGUUUCUUGCCUAUCUUCCCUAUUCUAUGUGCAGUGGUAUUUUUGUUGUAUUGGCGAUUUUUUGUUUUUGGUUUUUUUUUUUUUUUUUUUUAGGUGUAGAUUUGUGUUUAACAGUGGUACUAAAUCUCUAGCCUAGUCAGUCACUCCAUUUACUGCUUGUCCAAAAACCUAAAUAUACAAUAUUUAAUUUUCUAACAUGUCUAAAACCAAGCUUUUUAAGCAAUGGCAUUUAACAGAUACUUGAAUUCAUUUUAAUGUUAACUCAGCCAUCUCUGUGAUGUGAUUUAAGCUGAGGCAAAAAAGCUUUUAAACUAUUUUGAGUUGGAAAAGUGAGAAAUCUUCCAUCUUUAACAAAGUUAAUUUUUAACUCAUUGAACUGGAGGCCUAAAAGGUUAAAUUAGUGCUGUGGAACUGAACAAUCCAUAAUGGUACAUACCAUCAUUAUAUUCUAGAAUAUAAUCAGAACUUAGUAUAACGUCAUGUUUCUCUCAUUUGAAGACUAUAAAUAGUCUUGGAUUGCCUCAUGAGUCUUAUGCACAAUACUUGGGCUGUUUUUUUGAACUCUGUUUUAGGAGAUGAAAGCAGGAAUGACCGCAUCACACAACCUGUAUAAGUAUACACUGUGGCUGAAAUGAAUUUGGCUCUUAAGGUGAAUCCCCUUUAGUAAGACAGCAUAAAAUUCUGAGGCCCCUCCAUGUUCUGAAUGUGGGCUGACUUUCAUAAAUUCUUUUUCACUACACUGUAUUCAUAAUAACAGAGGAGCAUUACAAAAAAUAAAACCCCCAGCUUAAUCCCUGGAUCAAUAUUGCACUGUUAGCAUGAAGUCCCUAUUAGUCUCCUUUCUUUUGCUAAUUUCUUUAAAUCCAACUUGAAUUUGGACAAAUGUUGUAGUUUCACCUAUGCUGAAGUUCAUAUUAAUGAAUAUACUUGCUUCUAAAUGUUCUCUGCAUCAUGAAGUUAAAAGCAAUUUAAAUAUUCUGUGUACAGGGGCUCUACAAUUUCAUACUAGUGGACAUGCUAGCAUUGAACUUAAAUUUGUGUGGAAUGUUGUUAAAAGCUUUCCAGAUAAAAGCCACAAUUUUCUGUUGAGAUCAGGCACCAUCUUCUAGCAGCUGUGUAUCAAGAUUGUUCUUUUCAUAAUCUUUUAAACUUAACUUGAGGGUUGUAUCUAGGAACUCUACUAUGGAUUACUUUUAAAUCUAAAUUUAAGCAAUUCCCUUGGUAUCUCUUGGAUAGGAAUCCCAGGGACAUCAUCCUUGCAAUUUAACUUAAGCUGAAGAUUGCAUAAUAACAUACAUUACCAGAAUAUAUUAUGGAGAAACACGUUAGGAAUAAAACCUGAAUUUGGCAGGUAGAUUUUUUCUCAAAUGUUUAAAGACUCUUUGAGAAAACAUAUUUAAUGUUCUAUGUAUAGGGAGCUUUGAUUUGUAAUGUCAUGGGUUGAAUGUAUGGAUUUAAUCCUCCUUAGUGAAAUUCAAGGUUCAGUUACACGUGAGUUGUUGAAACCAGAAAUCUCUGACACUUUGCAGCCCAAAAGGGAGGGAGAAGUUUGAGUUUAGCUUUGACAAUGGAAGGCUGGUAUUUGUUAAAAUAUUUUGUACCUAAUGAAAACUAGAUUUUACGGACUUUUAUUAAUUACUCAGAGUAUGGCACCCACGUAAGUUGUCAUUUUGUAGUAUAGUGGCAAACUGAGUACAAAGUAUGAAGUUUAAACACUGGAAUGUCAGUAGUCAUUGAUCUGUAAUUUAGGAGUUGGUUUUAUUUAUCUGAGGGAUGUUUGUAUAUUUUGUAAAUUACUAACAAUGCUCUGUCAUCCUGGUGAAUGUCAUGGUUCUGUAUAAAUGCACUUCUGUCCCUCUGUUGCAUGUCUGACUAGUUCAGAACUUUUGUAUAUUUAUUGUAUUAACACAGUGUCAUAGAAUAAAAAAGGACUUUUUUCCUGGGUGUUUGCUCUGUAUAGUUUUCACCAAUAUAAGGAUUUUUCUUCUAAUGGUCAGGAUAAUGUGCAGGGUGGAUGAUCUGUGUAAAGUCUCACUUGGUUUUUAUAAUUCUGUAUAUAAGUGCUGUAAUUCUGCUGAAAUGGGGAAGCAGAAUGUCCACUAUCAAAAUAAUACAUUAGGGUAUUGAGAAUUAGUCUACUCAACUCUUACGAAGAAAAUUCUGAAAACACUCGCAGCCCACUUUCUUGUGCUGUAAACUCACGAGGGUUAAAAUCUAAACAUGUUCUGUCGUUACUGAAUGAAAUUCUGCAGGCAUUAAGUGAAUCCUAAAACACUAUUGAAAGUAAAAUGAAGUUGCUGAAAA